GUGUUAAGAUGGCUUCAGUUAACUCCCUCAUUUUCAAAGAUUAUGAGCUGAAGAUUGUUAACACAGAUGUUAUAGUGCCUGCUCUUCCAAUGCAGCAGCACAUCCUUCCUCUGUCAAAUCUAGAUCUCACUAUUCCUCCAGUUUCUGUGCAUGUGUUUUUCUGUUAUAAAAAUCCCUUUCCUAGGACUUUUGGAUCAGCACUAUCUCAUUUGAGAAAUUCCCUCUCAAGGGUGCUGGCGUCCUAUUAUGUUUUUGCAGGAAGAUUGGUUACAGAUAGUAUUAGCCUACCAAAGCUCCAUUGCAAUAGCAAGGGAGUUCUCAUGACCCAAGCUUAUGCUGCAGCUCCUCUUUCUACCCUUGAUUUAUACAACCCUGACGAGUCUGUUGAGGGGAAGCUUGUUCCUUUACUUUCAAAGCCCUCUGAAGAAGAUUGCCUUCCUGUCUUUGCUGUGCAGGUUACAGAGUUUAGCUGUGGAGGUAUUGUUGUUGGCUGUACAUUCGACCACAGAAUUGCAGAUGCAUACUCUGCGAACAUGUUGUUUACAAGUUGGGCAAAGAUUUCUAGAAAUGACUCGACUGUAUCUCCGAAUCCAACCUUUUCACGCUCCAAAUUGUGCCCUAGAGAUUCCCCCACAUGCUGUGCUGAGUUGAAAAUAUACAAAGAUGGUAAAAAUUACACCAAAUUAGAGGUAUUCAGUGCUUACUUAUGGAAGCUACUGAUAUGCACCCAGAAGGUCCAGGACACUUUGAAUUGUAAAAUCGGAAUAGUUGUAGAUGGCCGCCCACGCUUAAGGGCGAUUGGGGUUUCUGCUAAUUACUUUGGCAAUGUUUUGAUCUUGCCAUUUGCUGAAUCUAAUGCUCAUUAUGUUAGAAACAAACCGCUUUGUUGGAGUGCAGGGUUAAUUCAUGAUGCCAUACAAAGUGCAGCAAAUGAGGAGAACUUUCAAAGCUUAAUUGAUUUGGUGGAGACUACAAAGCCAACACCUGUGUUACCCAAGAUUUAUUGCAGAGGAGAUGGAAAGGAGCCAUCAGGACCUGCAGUUUUGGUGUCUUCUGGACUGAGGUUUCCUUUGUAUGAGUUUGAUUAUGGAUGGAGAAAGCCUACGUUUGGAAGCUACCAUUUCCCUUGGGGCGGUGAAGCAGGGUAUGUAAUGCCAACUCAUAGCCCUGCAGGAGACGGUAGCUGGAUUGUAUACAUGCACCUUCCUCUCAAAAAGAUAUAUGCGAUCGAAUCUGAUCUCAAUCGCGUUCUAGUUCCAAUUCAACAAGAUUUCUUAGCUUCGGCUUAG